AUGCUUGUUAGUGGCAUAUACGCACCACCGUUAUCUUAUCAAGCGUACACGGUCUAUUCCCAGGCCCAAUAUGGCUCACCUGAAGUAAGAACACUACCACCACCUAUGGCCAGUCUUCCUGACAUGCCAGUUUCCGAGAUCCAGAACUUCUCUGCCGAUGCAUUCUUAGCGCCAAAACGCAACAACCCCAUGAAGCAGCCAGCGCAAAGGCAAUACAAGUGCUCAAUUUGUUCCUACUCCUCGUAUAUCGGUGCCCUCUAUGAGUACCAUAUUGCUCAUGCCCAUUCGCACCAGGGGUACAUGCCCAUGCCCAUCCCCAUCGAGACGGGGCUGGUUGCGCCCAUCGCGAUCGGACAAUUACCCCCUCAGCAGCAGCAACAACAACCCCAAUUAGAGCAACAAGAGCAAGCUCUGCACUCUGGUCAUAUUGUUUUGCAUUCUCCACCCGUGCGCUCCAAUACUGCACUGUGCCCACCUACCGCUUAUUACACCCCUGUGGUACAGGUAGCCACAUCACCCUCGGAGGCAUCAGCGGCUUCCCCUACAGCGGAGUCUUCUACAACGGCUGUAUUUUCUGGGUCGUUUUCUGAGCACAGUGCUUGCCAUUCAACGGACUCCAAAAGCGACUCCGAAAAUGACGUGGCAAAGCUCCAAGUUUGCACCUUCAGUGGUUGUGGCUACGCAAGCAACUCCAAGAAAUUUUUCCACAGGCACAUCCAGUAUGCUCACCGCAAAAAACGUCAAAUGAGCUGUACCAGAUGCCAAUUUGCUACUCGCGACCCUAUCGUCUACAAAAAUCAUUUAUUGGAGCACCUAGGGUUAUAA